AUGCAAUCUACUCCAAGACCAACGCCCAGCUCUAGUGCUGGCCUCAACACGCAUGGCCACUCAAAUUCAUCAAGCUCGCUGUCGUCAUCCGGCUCGACCACUCCGCCUCUCAAAUUAGCGAAAUUAACAACUGCUUACGCGUCUUCAUCUUCUCUUGUAGGUGGAGUGAAAGGAGGAGUGCCCCCACCUCUCGUACGCCGGUCUUCCGCGAGCUUCAACCACGUCCGUACAAACUCCCUCGUCUCGUCUUCGCCCUUUAAAACGGGUGGAGACACGUCCUCUACUCUUGCUGCACGAACAGCUAAAGCCCAGCGAUCCCCGCCACCUUCUCAACAUGAUGCCGCCCGCGGUGUCAUUCGACGUGCCCCGGGCGACGAUCACCCCGUAUUCUCUCAAAUACACUCCAGAGCCAAAUCAGAUGAGAAUUCUGCCCCAGACAGUGCUCGAAGGCCUCGCCAGAGUAAGGGUUUCUCGACUUUGUCAAAGGCUGAAGUUGUCACUAAGAGCCCUUUUCUUGAAGGCAAUGGUGUCUCUCCUGCGACAAGAGCGGCCUACUCUAGGUCUGUAGACCUCACAAACUAUAAUCUAGACCAUUUGGCCGCUGAAAGAAUCCCUAAAUCCUCCACCUACCCUUCAGUGUCUCUGGACAAGUUGCCUGCUUUGGAGGCUGCCAAUAAUCCCCCCCACUUGGCGCCGGAUAGCAUCACGUGA